GCCGCUGGCCACCACUGGCACUGAGGAUACCUUAUAUUACCCACCACGGCACCUAAACACUCAGCAUGCUAGCAGUUAGGGUUAAGGUAGGUAUUAUUGUCUAUGGUGCUCCAGUACUAGGAGGCAUUGUUAUGUUGCAUUGUCGCAGCCUCGGUGGAUGAAUACCACGAACAGCCCACCAUCUUCAUGUUCAACGACUGCAUUGCCGGUAAUAAUAUCGCGGACUCAGUAACAGCAGUUCGUCGGUAGUACCACUGGCACUGGCAUUGGCAGCCUUGACCGAGUGCGACCGAAGCCAGCACCACACCACACAACUCACCUUGAAGGCGGCGGUCCGACCUCUUUUUAUUAUGAGCUGCAGUGCGCUGAACCGAGCUGACCCCUCGAACCACCCGCUGCAGUGCCACUACUGAGUGCAGUGCAGGGCAUCGAUCCCUUCACGUUCCGCCCUCUCGAUUCCAGUUCCUCCGAGUUCAUCCUCCUCCAUCUCGACCUGCUGCUCCUCCACGGAGGCCUCCACACUUUCUCCUCCUCCUCUUUUCCAGCCUUCUCGCUCGUAAUUCUGUCUUCCCCUCAAAACGCCCGCCCACUGCCACCCCUCAUCUCCACACUGCGUUGCGCGCGACUCGCGAGGCUUGUCAAACACUGCUGCCAUAGCCUCUGGUGUCCGUUGCCUCCAAGCCAUGGACGACCAGCAAUCGCCGGAUGCUGGUGGGAGAAUCAAGAGGAGGCAGUCUGGCAGUAAGACCAAGACACUUCCUUGCCCGCACUGCCAGCGACUCUUCGCCCGGCUGGAACACCUCCAAAGGCACAUUCGUACCCACACGAAAGAAAAACCCUUCGUCUGCGAGAUCUGUACCAAGUCCUUCGCCCGGAGCGACCUUCUUGUGCGUCACGAGCGGCUCGUCCAUCCCGGCGAGGAAGAACAGCAUACCACGAGGAAAUCCCACAAACAUCACAUCCAAAACCACAAUGCUACGAAAUCCCAGCAGGCGCAGCAGGCGGCGUCCGCUGCAUCCGACGCGAUGGACAUGGCGCCGCCGCCAAAUCAGCCGAUGCUAUCGCCGGAUACUGUCCAGGAAGGAAGAGGGAUGAUGGACAUGCUCGAUCCCCAACUCAUGCAACCGUCCAACGGCAUCAACACGGUUGAGGGAAUGCCUUCGCAUCAGGCAUCAGCGAUGGGCGCGCCGCCGCUCGAUCCCUCAUGGGGCUAUGAUCUCAAUUUGUUGUCGCAUGCCGCCAGCCACGUCGCGUCAAGUGGGCAAGAUCACUACAUGUCAGGAAUGCCACAGGUGACGCAGGAACAGCUCAGUGAGCCCUUGCAGUCGAUUAUGCCAGCUACCGUGUCGGAGGGACAGUAUCAACCUCGCAUGCUCGCCGAAGGCUACGGCCAGCAGCCGUCUUUGUUCGAACCACCGGACCUGGGUGAUCCAAUGCAAGAUUUCACCGUAUUCCUGGACUCGGUUGGUCUCUCGUCGGAAUGGUAUGCCAACAUGUUUGGCAAUGACCAUGUGGACAAUUAUCACUCUCCAGAGUUGAGAAGUGAUCACCUCAACAUCUCACGACCGCAUCUGAACGGUGAGCAUACCCUCGACAGCAAGCUUGGUAUUCCGCAAGAAGAAACAAGCACAUUCUCCCGGUUCGGAUCAAGAUUGCCAUCUCUGCAACCCGAGCCUAGAGAGCCUGACUUCCAUCGGGCAGAAGCGCGAACCACAAUCGAAGAUGCGGAAGCCAUCAAAGUCAGGACCACCUGGGACGUGUCUGAUACCGACCGGUCGAUAUUUGUCGCGAAACUGGCCGCGUUCGACAGUGUAAUGCCCAAAGGAUUUAUUCCUCCAUCGAGACAUUCGCUGUCUCGGUAUCUGGCCGGUUACGUCAACGGCUUUCAUGAACACCUUCCGUUUAUCCAUGUCCCUACUCUACAAGUCGCAGGAAGUGGUCCAGAACUCAUCCUGGCUUUGGCAGCCGUCGGCGCACAAUACCGCUUUGAGAACAGCCGUGGGAUAGAACUCUUUUACGCGGCCAAGGCGGUGGUCAUGGAACAGAUACGACGGCGUGACGAAUUGGCAGCUCCCCAAUCGUGGAAUAGACCUCGGGCCGGGUCUAUGGCUCAGUCCCCUAGUGGUGGAUUCGCAGGUCAAAGCCACUCGAGCAGUCCAUUUCAACAAGUUUCGCCCGAAUCUGCAGUUGCGGCGGAUAGCAAGGAGUCGAUGGACUCAAUACAAGCGUUGCUGCUGCUUACGGCGUUUGCCACGUGGGAGAGACAUACAGAAUUGCUUCGCGAAGCCCUGGCAUUCCAGAGUAUACUCGCCCGCCUUGUACGAGAAGCAGGGCUGACCAGUCCGGAGAUUAUGCAGUCUCCGGACGAGCUUAUAUGGGAGGACUGGAUCCGGAUCGAGGGGGACAAACGGACCAAAUUGAUCGUGUACUGCUUUUUUAACCUUCACUCCAUCACCUGGAAUGUGCCUCCUCUAAUCCUCAACUCGGAGAUCAAAUUGAAUUUGCCUGAUCCGGCGAAUGAAUGGAAAGCCACUACGGCUGAGCAGUGGAGAAAACUGCACCAAGCCAACGCAUCGCCGCAAAUGCCGUUUCAAACCGCCUUUACCCGACUAUUCAAUACCAAGCAAAACCAAGCUACAGCGACGCCCAUAUCACCUCUCGGGAAUUAUAUCCUCAUCCAUGCCAUCAUUCAACAGAUUUUCUUCGCACGUCAACUGUCUCUCGCAUGGCCCGGGGUUGCGGGAACCAGUCUACGUGGGGACGACAUAGCGGUGCUGGACCGCGGUCUUAGCUCGUGGAAGGCCGGAUGGAAACGUACGCCCGAGUCGAGCCUCGAUCCACAAAACCCCAAUGGUCCAGUGGCAUUCACCUCGACUGCACUGUUGGGUCUGGCUUAUAUCCGGCUGCACGUGGACAUGGGACCAUUGCGGCACCUCGAGACGAGAGAUCCGUUACAAAUAGCCCGGUCGCUCUACAACACGCCGGAUAUCCGGCGCGACCCGCGGCUGACCCCGGCUCUUUUACACUCUGCCCACGCUUUGUCGAUCCCCGUCCGGCUUGGUAUUGAUUUCGUGGCUCGCACACAGACCUUCUUCUGGUCGAUCCAGCACUCGCUGUGCAGUCUGGAAUGUGCGUUUUUGCUCAGCAAGUGGCUGGCGGUGCUGUCGCGGUUCAAGAGUGUAGGUGGUCCGCCCGUGACGGAGCACGAGCGAAAGCUGUUGCUGUGGGUGCGUAGUCUGCUGGAGGAAACAGAGACGACGGUGCCCCUACUGACGAGCGAUGCCAACGACCACACGGUUCUCAACGAGAGUCGCGAGUUGCUCGACGAUACACGGAAAAUCAGGGCUCUGAGUGUUACCGUCGUCCGAGUCUGGAGUAAGACGUUCAAGGGCAAUACCAGCUGGGCCAUUGUCGAUAUGAUCGGCACGGCGUUGGAGAUGUAUGCCGAUAUGCUGGAACAGGAUAUGUUUGCUCAGUAAAACCGGGUGGCAAGUAACUGAUUGCAAGGCCUGGACCAAGGGAUGACAUAAAAAACCGUGUGCAGUGCACUAUAGUGGUCUAUAGAGGGAGGGCACGUUGGUCCAUUGUACCUAAGGUGCCUGUGAGGGGAUACCUGGAGUAGGUGUUUUAUGUCUGUCAUACGAGUGUGACUUGAGUGAUUGACAGAGUGCCCGUGGUUAGACGCGUUCAGCGGGGCUAUAAUGAAUUUACUUCAUGCUGUGGCUGGGUCUCUGGGGGGAUUUUGAGCAAAUUGCCUGGUGGGUUCUGCUCUGCUUACAGUCAAUGUCGACGAUGUACUGCCAAUGUAAUCAAUGUGGAUGGAACGGGUGAUCUGAUGAUGGCAGCCGAGCCUGCAUUAUGCAUACAGUGGUACUUUGAAGAAAGGAAACGUUGGAAAUUUGUUUUAGUUUGUGACUCGACGUCCUAGGCUAGGUAGUCACAGUGUGCACGUGCCAGUGAGGGACCGUACGGAGCGGAGCAUCAAGGUCCAGACAGUAUAAUUAAUCAAAGCAACGGCUCCAACAACCAGACAUCACCCAGUCUCUGAUUCGACUCGGACAGGCCUCCAUGCACAACGACAGCAUUUGCGCCAACAGGCGCCGCACCAAACCAACCUCGCGGAACAGGCUUCUCACCACCUCCAUCAAGACGAAGCUCGAGUUCAGUCCAUGAUUUCGACUCAAGGUCAAACAACCACACAUCAGCGAGCAUUUUGCCCGCGCCCUGAUGGCCCAGCGAAGAAGGAUCUCUCUCGCCAAACAUGGUGAGCAGACCAGGCUUGUUCGAGUUCGAGCCGCCACCUAGGUUCACAGGCACGAGACAACUGACGCUCCGGGGAGGCGGGCCAUUGACACCAUCGGGCACGAACUCGAUUGACUCUUUGUCCAACCAGCGCGCCUGGCCGAGGUCAAAGACGUCGAUUCGACCACCUUGCUCGGUCUUGCCGUCGAACCCGUUCAUACGGUAUAGUUUGCCCCCGAGAUAAGCGACAGAGGUGCCUCCGCGCUCGGGGCCAGGAGCAGACGGCAAUUCGCGCCAUGUGCGGUUCGACACGUCAAAGGACCAUAAAUCAUGGAGGCGGCCGGACUCGGGACAUCCCGCGUGCAGGAAAAUGGUGUUUUGGCUAUCGUCAUCGGCCGCCGUGAGGGCGUGGUAACUUCGUCCCUGGGGGUAGGGAGCGUCAGGGUCCUUGGGAGUCAAGCGAGACCAGGAGUUUUGCGUUGGGUCAAACACCCAGAAUGAGCCGUGUUCUUCGAUCGGGGCCAUGGCGACACCGCUGCGGCCGGAGAAGAUGUAUAUUUUGCCACGGAGCGUUGUGGCGGCAUGGCCGACUCGUGGCUGGGGAGUUUCUUGGUUCUGUUGUUGGGAGGUGAAGGGGAUCUUUUGAAGAGGGUGCUGGGUCUGGUUCUGGCCUGAUAGUUCCGUGAGUUUAGUGCUGUGCUAAUACAGGAAACACAUGUGCUGCUGGUAGUUGGGACGGGUAGGUCUGAGCAAAGUACGGCAGCGUAGGUAUGUAUGCUGUCUGCACUUACUUGGUUUGGUGGGGAUUUGAUAUACGCUGGAAUCGACGGGUUCACGGGGUCGUAGUUCCCCUCCGAAGAUGUAUGCAGAGUCCCCGGCAAUAGCUAGAGCUUGCGAGGACCGGCGGAUAGAAUCAUCCUCGCACAGCUUUGUCCAUCUCGCUGUCGGUGCCAUGGCUGAAACUGGAGGUAGGAAGUUGAAGGUGGGUAACUUGGACAAUUGAAUCCCGAGGGGAAGUUCUCGAGGAACAUACGCAGAGUCGAGGACACA